AUGGUUGCAGGCGUUCAGAUUCACACAAAGGUCGCUCAGAAGGCUCAGGCUGAAAUCCUUACCGAUGGCGCACUUUCCUUCCUUGCUGCACUUCAUAGGACAUUCGAGUCUACCAGACAGAGCCUCCUAGUUGCACGCGAUGUUGCACAGCGCAGGUUUGACUCAGGAGUACCUCUCGACUUUCCUCCUGAAACAGCUCACAUCCGUGCUGAACCUUCAUGGCAUUGCGCACCCCCUGCACCCGGUCUUGAGGACAGACGCGUUGAGAUCACUGGUCCUACUGACCGUAAGAUGGUCAUCAAUGCUCUGAACAGUGGUGCAAAAACCUUCAUGGCAGACUUUGAAGACUCCAGUGCUCCUACAUUCGCCAACAUGAUCAGUGGCCAAGUCAACUUGCGUGAUGCUAUCAACCGCCAGAUCGACUUCGAGUCCGGCGGGAAGCAAUACAAAUUGUCUGAGAAUCCAGCUGCGCUUCUUGUUCGACCCAGGGGCUGGCACUUGGACGAGACGCGCGUGACGGUUGACAACGCCCCUAUCUCGGGGUCUCUCUUCGACUUUGGACUCUACUUCUACAGCAAUGCCCAUGAGCUCAUCAAGCGCGGUUCAGGCCCGUACUUCUAUCUUCCCAAGAUGGAGCACUACCUCGAGGCCCGUCUGUGGAAUGACGUCUUCCUCUUCUCCCAGUCCUAUAUCGGAAUACCCCACAACACAAUUAGGGCGACUGUCCUCAUCGAGACACUUCCCGCAGCAUUCCAGAUGGAAGAAAUUCUAUUCGAGCUCAGAAAUCACUCUGCCGGACUCAAUUGUGGAAGAUGGGAUUACAUAUUUAGUGCAAUCAAGAAGCGCAGGGCGGACAGAAGUGCCGUGUUGCCGGACAGGAAGGACGUCUCUAUGACCGUGCCUUUCAUGGAUGCGUAUGUGCGUCUUCUAAUUCAAACUUGCCACAGGAGGAAGGUUGCUGCUAUGGGUGGCAUGUCCGCGCAAAUUCCUAUUAAGGAUGACCCCAAAGCCAACGAGGUGGCGAUGGAGAAGGUCCGAGCAGACAAGCUCCGUGAGGUCACUGCUGGUCACGAUGGCACUUGGAUUGCGCACCCUUUGAUCAAUCAUAUCGCUCGCAAGGUGUUUGACGAAAAUAUGUUGGGUCCUAAUCAGUAUCACAUCCGACGUGAGGAUGUGAAAGUCGCUAGUGCAGACUUGUUGAGCAACAAUGUUCCCGGAAAGAUCACCGAGGACGGCAUCCGCUCUAAUAUCUCCGUGGCUCUUGCCUAUUGCGGAGCUUGGAUAGGCGGCAAUGGCUGCAUCCCUGUCAGCUAUUUAAUGGAGGAUGCUGCUACUGCCGAGAUCGCACGUGUGCAGCUCUGGCAGUGGGUGAAGUACGGUGCACGUCUUGACACUGGCGAGCAGAUUACCCCGCAGUAUAUCGACCGCAUCAUUGCAGAGCAGGCACCCGGCAUCCAGAAGAUUGCCCCGAGCGUCAAGGACGACCACUUGAAAAUUGCUACGAAGUAUCUCAUGGAUCAAAUCAGGCAACAAUGGCCAAGCGAGUUUUUGACGAGCGACUUGAUGCCGUACUUAACUAUGGCUGAUGGUGUUGAGGACAAGUGGCAUAAGAGUGCACUGUAA